AUGUUUUUACUGGCUUUAUUAGUUUUCGUUAGAUUUUUAUCCUCAUCGUCUUUAGACUUCAGUACUUCGUUAUCAAUCUUGGAUGGCGACUCAUGGAUUUUUACAAGUUCAAAAACUAUUUAUCUUGGACGACCUUUAAAGCUGCGAUGUUCAGCUACCAGUCCGGAUAAUAUAACUAUCAGCCGCAAGGAGUAUGACAGAAAUGUAACGACACAACUGGUAACUAAAUUCGGGAGCGAAGUUCAGUGGGAAAUCGGUGAAACUGGGUUCUCUGAAUCUGGUGUUUAUGAAUGUAUCUCUAGAGGGAUCUCAAAUAUACUCACAGUGUAUAUAUAUUCAAUUAUUGGGACAAAUGAUGUCACUGUGCCAACAAUAGAAUAUCUAGAUAAAAUAGGAACCUUUAACUUCACAAGAAGACAGCUGGAUGAUAAUACAUUUCUAGAUAUGGAUCGCAAUUGGAUGUCAUGUACAUGUGUUGUUGGGAGUGUAAAGUUAUUAGAUAUUGUCACUGUCACUUGGAAAGGAGGCCUUUUUGAUGAUUGGUCAGUUAACCAUAGCCAAAUAAACCAAGUUUAUUCCCGGAUAACAACAAGAGACCCAUCAAUUAGAGCCAUUAGAGCCCGUCUUCGACUUAAUUUGCCGCUCCUUGAUCGACGAAUAUUUGGUCAGUAUCAGUGUUUAUUUAGUUUUUCAAAGUCAGAAUAUGCUGUAGCAACAGUUCAUUUAAAUGUACCUCCCAUUUUACGUCUGAUUUAUGAUCCCCCACCGUUACCUCCGUCUAAUUCAUCUGGUCGUUAUACGUGUGUGAGUAGUCCAUGUCAAUUAUCAGUUAAUGAAAAUAAUUCAAAUUGGACAAAUGCUUGUGAAAUUGUUGUAGCUUAUCCACUAGUAAAACCUAAAAAUUUUGCUUGGGCAUGGACACAACCACAAUGGGCAGGUUACAUUAUAAGACGGGUGCAAGAAGUGGGCAAAGCAAAUGUACUUUCUGAGUUUUCAGUGUUAUUAAACGAUGGUGAAACAGAUGGAUAUGGACCAUGGCAAGUAUUAGAGCGUAGGCGUAGAUUAACUACUAUUAAUAAUGAAGUGAAGAAUUCUGAUCUAACUAAAUCUGGCCCCAUUCUGUUUUGGUGUUGGGCUAAAAAUGACAUUGGAGAGACAACAACAUGGUGGCCUGGUCCUGUUGAAAAUUAUGGAUAUUCAAUUUGGUCAUCUGUUUGGUGGCCUUUACUUGGUGUUUCCCUUGAAUUAUUAAGUUUAGUCAUAGUGUUUGCAUUUUUCCGUUAUUGUCGUCGACAAAGAAUUCGUUAUGGACUAAAUAACGAUACAACAGAGACUGUAGCUUCAUUUGGUCGUUCACGUCUACUAGACAUAGAUGUAGAUGGUGACCAAGUUGAGAUGAUGAAAGUAAUUAAUCCUGCAUCUAUAACCACAUCAACAACAUCAUCCAAUUCAUCAUAUAAUUUGCAUACUCGUGGACCGAUACCUUAUAUACGUUUAUGUAACCAAAAAAUUAAUCAUAUAAAGGAUAAACAUACCGCUAAUACUACUACUAGUACUGCUACUACGGAUAAUCUUGGCAAUGAUAACAAUAAUAAUCAUUAUUUAACAAAAGCCAACAUAAAUAAUCAAGUGACCGGUGGUUAUUCAAAUUCUAUAAUUCAAGAUUCAAUAGAUGCUGAAGUUGAUGCUAUGGUGAUCAAUGUACAAAAAUUAUCAAAUGAACGUGACUUAAAUGCUGAUGAUGAUUAUUUUUGGGAUUCUGAUACUGGAAAUAACGAUGAAGAUAAACGAAUUAAAAUAAGGAGUAAUCAUCAAACAAUUGCUUAA